CGUUUGUCAUGUUUAUUUGCGACUGUCUCUUUGUGUUUAGCUUGCAGUCUUCACUCUUUUGCCAUGCAUGUGGCAGAUCUGUCACGGGGACAGCUGCGCUCUGUGGUUGAGCUCAGGGACGAUCGCUUUGUGUCUGACCGCGUCCCCCUGUGUCCUCUCCCCUCUGUCCCCUAGGCCUCCCGUCUCUCCCUGCCCCACUUUGGGAAGACUGUGAAAGUUUGUGGGGUGUAAUUCCAAGGGGGGGGGCUAUUAGGUGUUAUGAGGAUGGACAUGCCCGGCAUGCAGAGUGGGGUGUGUGGCCCUCGGGGGCCCAGCUGGUGCUGGGAAAAGCCGGUGGGAGUUGAUUGCAGCUCUCCGGAGCCAUGUUGCAUUUGGCUGGCAAGAUCCAGGAGCAGCGAAAAUGGUGAAUCAGCCUUCCCGGGACGGAGCCGGAGUCCCCGCUGGGGUAGAACACAAGGGACCCCCUUGGCCCAACGAGAUGGGGGCUGCCACGGUAACUCCCCACCCCAGGACGAGUCCUUCACGUGGGUGGGACCCAAGACAUUGGUCAUCCGAAAGAACCGCCAAGGCUUUGGGUUCACACUCCGCCAUUUUAUUGUGUACCCGCCAGAGUCUGCUGUGCAUUCCUCGAGCCAGGAGGAGAACGGCGCUGCAGAGUUCUCCUCUGGAGCAAACCGUCUGGAACCCAUGGACACCAUCUUUGUGAAGCACGUGAAAGAGGGGGGACCAGCCCAAAAGGCCGGGCUCUGCACAGGUGAUCGCCUGGUGAAAGUGAAUGGUGAAAGCAUCAUCGGCAAAACAUACUCACAGGUUAUCGCUCUGAUACAAAACAGUAACGAUGCCUUGGAACUCUCUAUCAUGCCCCGGGAUGAAGAUAUCUUACAGCUGGCCUACUCUCAAGAUGCGUAUCUGAAAGGGAAUGAGCCAUAUAGAGGAGGAGCACAAAGCAUUCCCGAACCCCCUCCUGUUUUCUACCCGCUGCGGGGUCAGACGCCAGAACAUGUUCCCACGUAUCCAACAAGCUCUAGAUUCCACCGUUCCAGCUGUGAUGAUGCCACAACCGUUAGGAGCCCAAUGCAUAGGGAUAUGCCAAGGAGCAGCCCUACCCAUCAUGAUAACUACGCCCUGUGUACUCCUCACAGCCUGCCGCCUCCAAGACCUUAUGUAGGAUCACCAGCAUCGUCGGACAGGUUCAGAGGUCCUGGACCCCCAGGCAUGUCCAAUCAUGGCUGGGCACCCCGCCAUAUUCCUGAGCCACUUGGCAAAGUUUCUCCUGACCCAUGGGAGCUGGUGGCCAAUCCUCGUUGGGUCAGUCAAUGGGAACGACAUCAGGCUUUGUGCAGCUGGAUGUCCCAGCAAACCCCUCGCAGGGGGGUGGCCGCCCUACCCCCACGAAGACGCAGUGCUUCUCAAGACCGGUUAGGCGAAGUCACCUCUCAUAGCAUCUGGUCUCAUAGCGUUUCCCAGGACACACUUCACAAGCCCAUCAGUAAUGAGUCCUGGGGUCAUCGAGCACAGUCUGACAACUACCUAGCUCAAUAUGGAUGUUCAGCAGACAGACUGGACCUUACUGGUCUUAUCUCCCCCCCAUACGAGCGGCCUAUGUGGACUGCAGACCGCCUCGCUCGGACAGCUCCUCCACUACCCCGUAUUCCUCCAAGCCAGCCUGUAGCACCUACCCCACGGGAAGCUGUGAAACCCCCGCCACUGCAGCCCAGCUCUGGAGACUCUGGAUACAUCGGAUACCGGAGUUAUAGUCCUUCUUUUCAACGGAGAACAGAACUACUCAAUGCCUUCUCUUUUCGGGAAACUGGUUUUAGUGGGCUUCCAACUUUUAGGACUGCGCAGUAUCCCAGUUCCCCACCUUCCCCUCCUGUAAAGAAUGAGCCAUCGGUAAGUGCCAGCUCCACGGACGAGAGCUGUAUGACAGAGGAAAGGCGAGAGGAGGUGGUCCUCAGACAGAAACCCCCAACAGGUCGCAAAGUGCUACCUGUGCAACGGCAAGUGAACGUACUUUUUCCAGAGGAGGGAAAGGACAUGGAGUAUCCGGCUUCUGCUGUUAGUGAGGAGACCUCUAGAGAGCGACCGUUGCAGAGGGUACCCCCACUACCCUGUUCUGAAGAGCCCCUGGCGUCCAUCCCUUUCAUAGAUGAGCCAACAAGUCCAAGCAUCGACUUACGAGCCAAACACAUCCCUGCCUCUUGUGUUGUGUCCAGCGCCAUAAACUCCGCGCCUCCCAUUUCUGACGCUCCUUCUUCCCCAACGUUCAACUUUUCCAUGAGCCGCCAUUAUUCUCAGGACUGCAUCUCCUUCCCUGUCUCUCACUCCCCUAUCGUUCACUCAGGCAGUAUUAAAUCCAGUCGACGCUCGUCGUAUCUCCUCGCGAUCACAACCGAGCGCUCCAAAUCUUGUGACGAUGGACUCAACACCUUCCGAGAUGAAGGGAGAAUUCAGAGGAGGCCCGUAGGCCGUGUUCCGAGCUUGAGGAUUUUACGCAGCUUCUUCACAGAUGGGUCCUUGGAUAGUUUGGUAGCGUCUGAGGACGGCCGGUCGAAGCAUCACUCUGCUUCAGAGCUGUCGGACGCGGAGUGCAGCGAUGUUCGCCGGGACGGCUGGCUGCUGUAUAAACAGAUACUGACUAACAAAGGAAAGAAGGUUGGUGGUGGUCUCCGGCAAUGGAAGCGCGUGUUUGCCAUCCUGCGCCCUCACCUGCUCUUUUUGCACAAGGAACGCCCUGAGUCACGGGGUCAAGGGCCAGGUGAGGAGGAGCAGCCAAUCAGCAUCCUCGGAAGCCUGGUGGACAUCUCUUACAGCGAGACCAAGAAGAAACAUGUCUUCCGGCUGAUGACUCCUGACUUCUGUGAAUAUCUCUUUCAGGCCGAAGAUCGAGAUGACAUGUUGGGCUGGGUCAAAGCUAUCCGGGAGAACAGCAGGAUGGAGGGGGAGGACCCCAGCUUUGCCAGCCAAGCUUUAAUUAAUAAGAAACUUAAUGAAUAUCGCAAAGUAAGCAUUUCUGGGGCCAAACCUGAGACCUCUCCUAAGGUGUCCCGGAGCUUGGGGAUCCGGCCAGAUCUCUUGUGGGCAUCUGGUGUUCCUCGUUCUCCAAAGCAAGAUGGUGCCAGUAAAGAAGAAGUACCCCCCUCCAGUACCUUCCCUUGGGGAAUAAACCUUAUGAAAAAGAACAAGAAAUGUGCCCCGAGGGCAUUUGGGGUGAGACUGGAGGAUUGUCAGCCAGGGACGGAGAAUAUGAGAGUCCCUCUGAUUGUCGAGUUGUGCUGCACUCUGGUGGAACAGAAAGGUCUGGAAUAUAUGGGGAUAUACCGCGUUCCGGGAAACAACGCCGUGGUGAGCAGCCUCCAGGACCAGCUGAACAAGGGUCUGAGUGAAACCAACAUACAGGAUCAGAGAUGGCAGGAUCUCAAUGUGAUCAGCAGCUUGCUAAAGUCCUUCUUCCGAAAACUGCCUGAACCCCUCUUCACUGACGAUAAGUACAAUGACUUCAUUGAGGCGAAUCGUUUGGAAGACUCUAGAGAGAGGUUGAAAACGCUGCGGAAACUGAUUCGGGAGCUCCCCUCUUAUUACUACGAGACCCUCCGUUUUCUGGUUCGCCACCUGAAGACAAUCGCAGACCAUUCUGAAAAGAACAAGAUGGAGCCUCGCAAUUUAGCCUUGGUGUUUGGUCCCACGCUGGUGCGCACGUCUGAGGAUAACAUGACAGACAUGGUGACGCAUAUGCCGGACCGCUACAAGAUCGUGGAGACGCUUAUCCAACACGCUGAUUGGUUCUUUAGUGACGAGCAGGAAAAGACGGAAAAGACUCCAGUGGAUGAAUCCGAUUCCCAGUCGGUGCCAAACAUUGAACAUCUCCUGCCGAAUAUCGGACGGACGGCAGGGACUGGGGACACCUCGGAUUCCACCAACAGUGACUCUGCCAAAGCGAGGGCUUCUCGGAAGGAGUUGUAUGCCCGCGAUAUUCUGUCUAUACCGUUCAUCUCUGCCGUCAAUCGAAAACGCAGGAAGAGGAGAGACGAGAAACGCUUUGGAAGCAGCACAGAGGAGGACGACUCCGAGCAGGAGGCGGCACGCGUGGGUCAGGCCAAGGAAGAAACCGAGAUCGUAGAGGGAAAGACAGAAGCAGAAGAUUCCAAAGCACUGGUAUGCUCAGAGACUCCGGAAGAUCACCGGCCUACUGAGGAGAAGACUACAGAGGAGGAGAAACGUGUUGAGAACCAAUGGCAGCCUCCUGGAGACGAUCGGAUACCGGCUGAUGCCCGCUCCAUCGUCUCUGGUUAUUCCACUCUCUCUACGUUGUGCUCAGAGCCCGUCUCCAGUGUUCGCGGUGGGGAUGAGGCUGAUGAUGAGCGCAGCGAGUUUAGCCACAUGGAAACCGACACAGAGAUGGGGGGAGCGAGAGAACCUGAAGAACGACCCCGCUCCCAGGACUCGUUCACCUCACAGAGGCUCAUACCCGGAGACACAUUGGCUCGGAGGAGACUGGUCAAGGGGAAAUUGGACAUCACCACGGAAACGGGGCAAGCUCCCUCUCGAGCUCCGCAGCGAACAAGGCCAGCAGCAGACGACCUGUGCAUGGCAGCUUUGAGGAAGCCUGGCUCUCCAGAAACUAGGAGGAGGAAGAGUGCUUGGAGAAGACACACGGUGGUUCUUCCAGGUCAGCUGACAGACUUUAACUUUAAUGACUGGAAAGAGCCGGUCCCUGGAGCCUCAGCUGCUCCAGAGCCGGGAGCUCGAUUGAGUGGUGGAGCCUGGGCAGAGGGGAGAGAUUCUGGACUAAGCAGCCUUGAGUCCCAGAAAGCCAAAACCACAGCGUCCCAGGACCCAGUGCCCAAUAAAGGGGCCAAGUCCCAGAAUCCCUCUGUUCAGCCUGGCCUUCGACAUUAUCUGUAACCUCGAUAAGGGAAUAUGGAAUCUGCCCCAUCCGCUUUA